AUGGGUUCAUUAUUGAGACGUAAUUUAUAUUUGACUGCGUGUAACAUUGCUAGAAAUCACAACGGUCCUCUGACAUUUAGAAGAUUACAACAGACACAUGCAGCUUUGAGUUCUGUCAACGAAACACAUCAGCCUCCAAAUAAUGGAGUUAUUCCAGUAUUUAAAAAUGCAAUCAAAUAUGGAGAUAAAACUGCCCUCAGAGAUUUACAGGGAGAUUACACCUAUAGGGGGCUAUUUCUCAGCUCGAGACAAUUUGCAGUUGAAUUAUCUACAUUGUUAGGUGGUUUACAUCAAGAAAGGAUCGCUUUUUUAAUGCCAAACGAUGCUCGAUAUGUGAUUGUUCAAUGGGCAUGUUGGAUGAGUGGACAAAUAGCUGUUCCAUUGAAUGUUUCAAGCCCAUCAACGGUUCUAGAAUACUACCUCAAAGAUUCUGGAGCCAGAGUAGUCAUAACAACGACCGAAAAUUCACCUAUUUUAGAGCCAAUUUGUUCUAAAUCAAAAAUUCGUCUUAUAGUUUUAGACGAUGCUCUCAGAAUAUUAGCCAUGAAACCUGAUGGAAAGACAGCAAAUAAUAAAAAUUUAAAAAAUGAUUAUGAUGAUUUAGAAGACUUUGGUGAACUUCUGUUGAAAGAUGAAUUUUAUAACAAUAGCGAUGCAAUGUUUGUAUAUACUUCAGGAACAACUGGUCCUCCAAAGGGGGUUGUAAUGACUCACAGAAAUCUUCAAUCACAAAUGAAUGCACUUAUAACUGCCUGGAAAUGGUCAGAAAAAGACGUUAUUCUUCAUACCUUACCGUUAAAUCAUAUUCAUGGCAUUGUCAAUGUUCUCAUGUGUCCACUUUAUGUGGGCGCACGGUGUGUGAUGUUACCGAAAUUUGAAACCUCAAGCGUUUGGAGUCAAUUACUCGCAGUUAACGUACCUAACACAGAACGAAUUAAUAUGUACAUGGCUGUACCAACUAUCUACAUGAAACUUAUUCAAGAAUAUGAACAAUUAUUUAGUAAAAAUCCAAAAAUUAGAGAAUAUGUUCAUACAGUAUGCAGCACAAAAAUUAGACUGAUGGUUAGUGGAUCAGCACCACUUCCAAAACCUAUUUUCGACAAGUGGGAAGAAAUUACAGGCCACCGGUUACUAGAAAGGUAUGGCAUGACAGAGACAGGUAUGGUUCUAUCAAAUCCUCUUGAAGGUCAACGUAUUCCAGGUACGGUUGGAACUCCGUUACCUGGAGUGCAGGUACGGAUUACAAAUCCCAAAUCUCCUGAUAAUACACCAGAAGUUCUCGUUCAAGGUGAUUAUCAAGGAAGUAAGAUAAUUAGCAAAUCAAAGCCUCCCAUCAAUGGAGAGUUACAAGUCAAAGGUGAAAGUGUGUUUCGAGAAUAUUGGAAUAGGCCUGAGGCAACGAACAAAGUAUUUACUCGGGAUAAAUGGUUUAAAACGGGUGAUACCAUUAAAUAUGAAAAUGGUGUAUACAGUAUAUUAGGACGAAGUUCUGUGGAUAUUAUCAAGAGUGGAGGCUACAAGGUCAGUGCCCUGCAAGUGGAAACGGUAAUCCUUGGACAUCCAGACAUCAUAGAUUGUGCAGUUGUUGGUUUACCGGACAUAACAUGGGGACAAAAAGUUGCGGCCGUUGCAGUUACCCGUGAAGGUAAAGAAAUCGUUUUGUCACAGCUUCGUGAUUUUGCAAAACAAUCUUUACCUUCAUACGCUGUUCCUACAGUACUUAAAAUAGUUGACAAAAUUCCCAAAAAUUCUCUUGGUAAAGUAAACAAACCUAAUUUAUUAGCAGCACUAUUUCCUGAGAAUAAAAUAUGAAAUUAAAUUUGUAUCGAAUAAUAAUUUAUAAAUAUUGCAUCAUCUUGUAGUUGCCAUUAUUCAUUGAAAUUUAUAAAUUUUUUUACUACGUCCUAGUACUAUUGCUAUUUAGAAUAAUUAGGAAUCGGUUUAUUUAUGUUUGACAUUAAUUAUUCCAUUGAUACAAUCAUUUACUUUAAGAAAUAUUUACUUCAUUAACUAAAUAACUAGAUAAUAUGUUACUGUGGAUAAUCAAUUAUGUCUUUUAUUCAAGUUAAAAAUACUUGUUUUCUCUAAUAUUUUUUGUUUCACUCAGUAAUGUAAAAAUCAAAAUAUACUUCUAAAAGAGAACAUCUAAAUUGUUAUUACUACAUAAAUCCAUGGGAUAUGCAUAAAAAAUAUAAAAACUUAACUUGUAGACUUUCUAUAUUCAUACGUUAUGUAAAGUGAUACUGAGUUUCACAUUUCACAGAAAAAUCUUAUUAUAA